AAGCUUCUGUUUUUUCUUAAACUGAUUUCUCUGUAGAAACCACCCUGCUGUGUAACAGGGUGAGAGUUUAUGUAACUGUAAAGUUUGAAAUGUUUCUGAUUAUAUAAUGAACACAGUUUUACAGAAGAAUACACAAAAACAACUUCAAGCCAGUGGAAAAGAACGUGGUUUUGAAAACCAGCUCUCUUCCUGAAUUUCCUUCAGAUUCUUUCCCUACGAUUUUUUGUUGAUUCUAAAAAGUAGAAAGGAAAGAAGUUUGUGGCAUGUGUGGCACUGGUGCUCUGUUCUUUCUUUGUAGUCUCAAUAUUUUUAGGAGACUGGGGGUAGGACUUGGAGGGAGAAAAAGAGGGAGAGAGAUCCCCCAAUCUCAUUUAUUCCAGAACUGUCUUUUAUUUACUGAUCUAAUCGUUGUCUGCGUUACACUGAGCUGCUGGAGAUGCUUUCCUCCUGCUGCCUCCUGUCAGAGUUCAUCUGUGGAAGUGUAGCAGGAAUUACUGUAUGGAAACAGAAAAAGCUUGAAAGGAUGGAUGCGUAGCAUUUCCCUGUUGAGCUGAUAGAGCUGUAGCUUAAAAUCCCAGACCGCAAGGUUCCCUCUGUCUGCUUGUACCGAGUUGUCAGAGGUGCUGAAUAAGCCAGACAUAACCACGUUUUUUGCAGUACUGAUUUUUCUUUCUCUUUAGAUGAUAUCUGCACUAUCAGACCCAACCUGACCCAAGAUCAUGGAUUUUUAAUCAGAUGGAUGCUGUUUGCCAGGGCUACUCUGGAAUAACUGUUAUGUUAUGUCUGGGGCUGGGCAGCCCCCUGCAGCUUCCUCUUCCUGUGAGACUGCCAGCUGACGACUAGCAAAUACUAUAGCAAGAGCUUGAGAUUCAGCAGAGGAAGGAAAAAAAAAAUAGAGAUGUAGUCCCAGCAAGCUGCACUAGGGCACUGACUGUCUGCUGUGCUUCCCAGCCCCGACCUUCCUAGCCAGAUUUGCAGUAUUUAUAGCCACCUGUAGAUGGAGAUCUGCUCCACUCUGUGCCCUGGUGGUGCUGCAAUCCUGCUCCCCAUCCACCUGAAUGAGUGAAUCGCAUUUAAGCAUCCACUUCAUUUUUCUGAGCACUUGGGAUAACCUUGAAAACUUUCCAUGUCGGAAACAACACAUCUCGGCCUUGUUUUGGUUAGGGUAAGUUGUGGGAGGACAUGUUUUGGUGCUGGAGUAACUCAUGUGAGUUUCUUACAGUAAGCCAGCAGUGGGUAUACCUCGGGGUAAAAUGCAAGAUAAAAGGCACUUAUCCACUUUUCGUCUCCCCCACACAGCUGAGUUUGUGUACUUGGCAUGUCAGUGCUGACUAGUUUUCCUCUGGAGGGUUCAAGUGUGCCCUUCCUUUACUGCCUGCUUCCAAAAUUGCAGCCAAGCUUUGCUUGGGAUCCUUGUCUCCUGCUAAAGCAAGAGCAGCCAGCCCUAGUGACUGCUCGCUGCUUCCCCGUACAGAAGGGGUUUUACAGCUGGUUGGAAAAAAACUGGUUGGUGGUGAGGUCAGUGGUGGUAACAAGUUGUGCCACGGCUCUCAUACAUGAUUUUGUGAUUCUCUGCUGAUCUGAACCUUUUUCCUGUCUGUUUGCAUGGAGUCCACCAUGUCCCUGUUUAUGUACUGGCGUACAAAGAUGCGCUGAUGUAAAAGUUACCAGCGAAACUUUCUACUGUAGAUGAGGAAUGUGACACCUCGAGUGUCACAGCAAGCCCAUGCAGAGUCAGCCACAAAAUCUUUUCUCCUGGAGCUUUGGUACAAUUGCUAAACCGAACUCGCACCCGAACAGCCAGCAAGUAACACCCAGAGAGCUCAUUACAGCUCCGUGUGCUGCCGGUCUGACUCAUCCCCGUCUCCUGCUCCCUUGUUUGUGCUGGUUAUUUUUGUGUCCCCUUGGAAAUGACCCUGAUGAGCAACUGCCAGCGCCUGGGGCCUGUGUAACCAGCUGUUUUCCCAAAACAGCAAGCCCAGAGGCAGGUAGAGACCUUCCCCGAAGUUCCCCUUCACGUCUCUGGCAACAUGUGAGUGUUUUAGAUUUGUAUGCGUUUCAGCUGCCACAAAAGGGCAAUGAAAUCCCCUACCAGCACCCGAGCACACUGCUGGAAAAAUCCCACUCCUGGAAGCCAAACCCACCGCCCCGUCCCAUGUAAGUGCUCUGCAGCAACGCCUCAGUCGGACCACGGGGCUCCUUACAAGAGGUUAUUUGUCACCCUUGGGUGCCUUCUGAGCAGGGAGAGGCAGGAGCCCGAGCUCUCUGCAGAGCAGGGCUAGGACAAUCCCAGGGGCCGGUUUUGCUGCGUGGCGCUGGGAGGAGGAGCCAUGUCCCAGCCCAGUGCCGUGGUGUGGGGACCGCGGUGUGGGGCAGGGGCAGUGGGGUGGCUUGGCUGGGCCCGGCGAGGUGUGGUGGUGCCACCAGCCCGCGGCUUCCCCCAGCACCACUCCGUUUGCGGGCGGCCAGGAAGUGAGAUCACAGCUCCAGCGGUUUGAGGCAGGACGGGAUCCAGAGGGAUCCAGAGGGAUCAGCACGCACCCCAGCGGGGCGUCUGCGGCCAUGGGCCAGGGCACGCUCCUGUCCUGCCUGGGGCUGGCUUGCUGCCUGCUGCUGCUGCUGGGUGGCUCCAAAAGCCUGGGGAGCCAAGGGAAGCAGCGGGGACCCUGGGAAGAGGACCAGAGCGCCGUGACGGAGGCGGCCCCGUGGGCCAGAGCGAGGUACGAAGCCGUGAAGAAGCACUUGGGAGCUGUGGGAGCUCUCUCCAAGCAGUACUGGCAGUACCUGGCUUGCAAGGUGUCACAGGAGGGCUGUGAAGAGGAGGGGAAGAGGAAGGCCGGUCCCAGCCCGGGUUGGAGCUUGCCCCUGGUGGGCCAGGAUUACCUGGAGAUCCUCUCUGCCUGGUACUGCAGCUUCGGGAAGUGCUGCAAGACAGGAGACUGCAGGAUAGUCAACAAUAUCACAGGGCUUGAAAUGGACCUCAACGGGCAGCUCCACGGGCAGCACUUGGCCAAAGAAGUUGUCGUGCAGGCGGUGCGACGCUUCCUGCAGAGCCCGCAGCCGGAGAAGGCUCUGGUCCUCUCCUUCCACGGCUGGUCUGGCACAGGCAAGAACUUUGUGGCCCGGAUGGUGGCCAGUCACCUGUACCGGGACGGGCUGAGGAGUGAGUGUGUCAGGGUGUUCAUCGCGCUCUUCCACUUCCCCCAUCACAAGUACGUGGACUCGUACAAGGUUCAACUGGAGAAGCAGAUAAGUGAGACUGUGCAGCUCUGCAAGCAGUCCCUGUUCAUCUUUGAUGAGGCAGAAAAACUUCAUUUUGGACUCCUGGAUGCCAUCAAGCCCUUCAUGGCUCGUGAUGGCAACGAGGGCCAGGUGGAUUACCGGAGGUCCAUCUUCCUCUUCCUCAGCAAUAUUGGUGGCAACACCAUCAAUGAGGUAGCCCUGGACUUCUGGCGGGCCGGCCGGGCGCGGGAGGAGAUCUCCUUGGAGUUCCUGGAGCAGCGGCUGCGGCUGGAGCUGCUGCAGCCCGCAGAGAACGGCUACGCCCGCAGCCACCUCCUUGAAGAGAACCUCAUCGAUUUCUUCGUGCCGUUCCUGCCCCUGGAGUACCACCACGUGAAGCUCUGCGCACGGGACGCCUUCCUGGCCCGCGGACUGCCGUACACAGAGGCAGCCCUCGACGAGGUGGCCAGGACGAUGGUGUUUGUCCCUAAAGAGGAGAAGCUCUUCUCUGCCCAGGGCUGUAAAUCUGUAUCCCAGCGCAUCAAUUACUUCCUUCCUUGAACAUCAGAUGGGACUACACCAGUGGUGAAGGCAGUUUUGCACACUAGGAGUUGCUCUCCUUGCAAAAGGUCAGGCAAGCAGCAGAUUACACAGCCACACAUUCGCACAGGGCCAGAGACUUAACUCCUCAUUGUUCUGAGGGCUGUUGGCAGGGUGGGCUGUGCACCCUGCCCAGCCUUACUCGUGGGGCACUGGCACAGCUUGUGCUUGGCUGUGUUUGAAGUCCCUCUUGUGUUUUUUUUAAUUCCUUCUUUUAGCCUGAAGAA